AUGUUCGAUCUUCCUCCAUAUAUUUAUUUUUUCUUGGUUUCAUAUCAUAGUCUAUAUAUCAUCCAUUACAAUCUAGAAGCAUUGCCAAGAAGCGUUCCAAAUAUGGCGCAAGAACAGGAGUUCAGAACAAGCGACUCACUUUCAAAAUGUGAGACCUAUUUCGAAAUCAUACAAUCUAGAAAGAAGCUACCGCUGUCAUUGCAGGAAACCUUGACGGAUGCAUUUGCAAAGAUUCCGGUCUCUUCUUUUCCAGAAGUUCCUAGCAGAAAAGUGAUUGAAAUUCUAGCAGACACGCCCGUAGGAGAAGCAGUUAAGAUUCUAUCUGAAAGAAACAUUUUAGCAGCACCAGUAAAAGACCCAGACGCAGCUGAUAGUUCAGAUUGGAGAGUCAAGUACCUUGGCAUCAUUGAUUAUUCAGCCAUCAUUCUCUGGGUGCUGGAGAGCGCAGAACUUGCAGCAGCUGCUAUAUCAGCAGGUUCAGCAACAGCUGCUGGAGUUGGUGCAGGAACCGUGGGUGCUUUGGGAGCAAUAGCAUUGGGAAUGACAAGUCCUGCUGCAAUGGCGGGAAUAACUGCUGCUGCAGCUGGUGCUGCACUGGCAAGUGGCAUUGCUGCAGAAAAUAUGAUGACUAAAGGUGCACCUCAAGCUGCUGAUAACCUGGGAGAAGAUUUUUACAAAGUUUUACUGGAAGAAGAACCCUUCAAGUCAACAACGGUGAAAUCAAUACUUAAAUCAUAUCGAUGGGCACCUUUUGUUCCAGUUGCAAGAGAUAGCGCUAUGUUGACUGUCUUGUUGCUUCUCUCAAAGUAUAGGCUGAGGAAUGUACCUGUCAUAGAACCAGAUAAACCUGACAUGGUGAACUUCAUUACUCAGUCUGCAGUUAUCCAAGGUCUUGAGAGAUGCAAAGGCAGAGAUUGGUUUGACUGCAUUGCAGAAAAGUGUAUAUCUGAUCUUGGACUUCCAUUUAUGUCUACAGCUGAGGUUAUUAGCAUUCAGAGCAAUGAGUUGAUUCUUGAAGCUUUCAAGCAAAUGAGGGAUAAUAAAAUCGGUGGUCUUCCUGUAGUAGAGGGGCCAAGGAAGAAAGUUGUUGGAAACGUGAGCAUACGAGACAUCAGAUACUUGCUGCUAAGUCCUGAGAUCACAAAUUUUAGAUUGUGGCUUGUGAGCAUGUCGACUCCUGCAAGAAAGAGGCUCAUGAGGGAUUUUAAAAGAGUGCAACAAGAUCCUCCAGCUGGCAUCAGUGGGGCUCCCCAUGAGAAUAAUAUUAUGCUUUGGAAUGCAGUUAUAUUUGGACCAGACGACACCCCUUGGGAUGGAGGAACAUUUAAGUUAACACUUCAGUUCACAGAGGAAUAUCCUAAUAAACCACCUGUGGUGCGCUUUGUUUCUCAAAUGUUUCAUCCAAACAUUUAUGCAGAUGGAAGCAUAUGUUUGGACAUUUUGCAAAAUCAAUGGAGUCCAAUUUAUGAUGUAGCUGCAAUACUUACCUCAAUUCAGUCUUUGCUUUGUGAUCCAAACCCAAACUCUCCAGCAAAUUCAGAAGCUGCAAGGAUGUUUAGUGAAAACAAACGUGAUUACAACAGAAGAGUACGAGAUAUUGUUGAGCAGAGUUGGAGUGCUGAUUAGUUGAUUAUCUUGGGGCUUCUGUUGCUGUUAAAAGGUUGUUGAAGGAUCUGAUUGAAUGACCAUUUAUGUACUUAAAAGAACAGUUGUGUUUUGUAGUCCGUGGUAAUGUUUUUCUUCAAACUUAUAUGAAUGGAUGUUCCACCUAUGAUCUCUA